CCCCCUGGGGAAAAGCAACCAAUCCCCUUGCGGUAGGAAGAGAGUGCAUUCUCUGAGCCAUCCUGUGCAGGGCUUUGCACAGCUACAGUGGGAAAGCCUGGUUUUAUAUCCAAGAUGUGGGCACCAUUGAUAGUGUAUAUAGUGUUCUGUGGGACGGCGUUUUCUCUACGGUGCCCAGAUGGAAGUCACUGUGAUGGAUCAUCCACUUGUUGCCAACGCCACGGAGAGGAUGGGUACACCUGCUGUGACAAACCUCAGUUUGUGGGGACCUCCCUGCGCAUGUUGCCCCCAGACAGUGUGAAUGAGCUCUCCAACGUUGUGUGUCCCGAUGGCAGCAUGUGUCCUGUGGACUACUCCUGUUUGCGUACGGUAGAUGCUGCCUUUGCCUGCUGUCCCUGGAAAGAGGCCAUUUCCUGUGCUGAUGGACACCAUUGUUGCCCCCUGGGCUCCCACUGCAGUGCGAAGGGAGAUGCCUGUAUACAGAGUGAAGUGGCAGCUCCUCUGGCCACGUUCAGUGCUGUCCAGUGCCCAGACCAUGAGUCGGAGUGCCCAAAUGAUUCCACGUGUUGCCUGAUGCCUGACGGAUCGUGGGGCUGCUGCCCAAUGCCAGAGGCUUCCUGCUGUUCUGACAAGAUCCACUGCUGUCCUCAUGGCACAAGUUGUGAUCUGGCUCAUGCGCGGUGCUUCUCAUCCACUCAGGAGCAGCCUCUUUUGAAGAAGUUCCCAGCCAAGAAACGAGCUCUGGUGUUAAGUCUGGCUCAGAAAAAUAUCUGUCCAGGGAAACAGUCUAGCUGUCCUGACGUUGCCACCUGUUGCCUUCUCUCGACCAGCCAAUAUGGCUGUUGCCCUUUACAGAACGCUGUGUGCUGCAGCGACCGUCUUCACUGCUGUCCACAAGGCACCACCUGUGACCUGCUGCAUUCGAAAUGCACAAUGACCUCUCGCUGGUCAUGGCCCAUCACCCGUCUCUCGGUGGACCUCCAAAAAGCUCAUGAUAUUCAGUGUGAUUUAAAGUACAGUUGCCCAUCUGGGAACACUUGCUGCAAGAAAGCCUCAGGGGAAUGGGCGUGCUGCCCCCUGGAAGAGGCUGUAUGCUGCACAGACAACAUCCACUGCUGCCCAAAGGGCUACCAAUGCAAUCUGGCAGAAGGCACCUGCGAGAAAGGAAGCAGAAAUAUCCCAUGGGUGGCAAAGACAAGCACAAUAUCUACAGCAGCCUCUACUGAUAUGAUCGUGCAAUGUGAUUUCCAGACAGCCUGCCCAGAUGGCCAAACUUGUUGCCGCCUAGUAUCAGGCGCCUGGGGCUGCUGUCCAAUACCACAGGCUGUGUGUUGUCAAGAUCACAUCCAUUGCUGUCCCAAUGGCUACUCAUGUAAUCCAUCGACUGGCUCUUGCUUCAAGAGUGGACACCAUCUCCCUUGGCUGGAGAAGAAAGCUGCUAUCUCAACCAUCACCUCUGAGAUCCAGAAUGUCCGGUGUGAUGAUGUGUCAAGUUGUGCGGAUGGGCAGACAUGCUGCCACACUGCAACAGGUGGCUGGAGCUGUUGCCCUCUGCCAGAGGCAGUCUGCUGCGCUGACUCUUUCCAUUGCUGCCCCAGUGGGUACUUGUGUGAUGUUGCACAUGGCUCCUGCAUCAAAAGCCAGGUCCCCUCCCAGCGCCUCUCCAUGACUCCUGUUCUGAGAAGGCAGGUUGGAGAAGUGAAAUGUGACGACCAAACCAGCUGCCCAGAUGGACAGACAUGUUGCCGGCUUUCCUCGGGCCAAUGGGGUUGCUGUCCUUUCCCACGGGCUGUCUGUUGUGCAGACCAUGUGCAUUGCUGCCCCAGUGGCUUCAUGUGUGAUCCAUCCUCAGGCGUCUGCUCGAAGUCUCAGCAUACUCUGCCCUGGGCACCCAAGCUUCCAGCCCAGACGCAGCAAAGCCAAGACAUCCGUUGCAACAAUACUGCCAGCUGCGAAGAAGGGCAGACCUGCUGCAAGGGUGUGUCAGGGGCUUGGAGCUGCUGCCAACUACCCAAUGCUGUUUGCUGUGAGGAUCACCAACACUGUUGCCCCUCUGGCUACACCUGCAAUGUUGCAGCUCAGAGUUGUGAGAAACAGCACAAGCCCACAGUUCUGCCUUCAGGGGACCUGCUGAUGUCUUCCCAAGUUGCCAUCACCACUUUGGAUGUGUCUUGUGGUGACCAACACUACUGUCAUUAUGGACAGACCUGCUGCAAGGCCAAGUCAGGCGGGUGGGCUUGUUGCCCCUACGACAAGGGAACCUGCUGCCGUGACGAACUCCAUUGCUGUCCACCUGGUUUCUAUUGCUCCAUUUCGGGAUUUGAAUGUUACAAGAAAUGGCCCCUCCGUUGGGACGCUGGUGCCUUCUCCUCUCGCUCUUCCCAAGCGCGCCCAUUGCUUUGAAGUGCCUUUUGGGGUGGACUUGCCCCAUGUUUGGGGGCUAGAGUGCUUCUUUCAGGGAGGGGCUUUUCUGGCCCAGAGGGAGUCCUGGUUUUUUUAUACUUGUUGCCUCAGGGGUUGGAAGAGGCUUCUCCUUUCUCCUGCUUUCAGGUAUUGCCUGAAUAACAAGCCCACACUCCUGUGGACAGUUCCUCCUUUUCUUGCCUUCUGGCAUUUCUGGUUCACUUCCAAGCCCAGAAUCAUCCUGGCCGCCUCCUCCAAUCUUGAAAGAGUUGUCAUGUUUCCUUUCUCUUUGGAAGAUUUAUGGGGUUUAGUGUCUUUUAAAAAAAAUUGCCAUUGCUCUUCCAAUAUUUUUUAAAGUUUUGUUUUACUUUCAUGCACUUUCUGAAAAUAAUAAUCUGCACACUGGAUUAGCAGCUGCCAUUUUUCCUGCCAUGUCUGAGCGUGUAAGGUUCCACAUAUCGUGUUGCAAAGGCUUUUGCUGGGAGAGAAAGCCAACCCUUUGUCUUUUUUGUUAUACACAGAGUUUUUGGGAAAGAACAGGGGUCCAUUGCUCUCAGGGUCAGGUUUCCCAAGCAUCUUGAGCCUCCUUAAAACUAAGCCCGCCUGCAAAGACAUCCCUGCCUCCUCCCAUCUUGAGAUCUUGCAGUGUUGUUUCCCACUUGCCUUUUUCAUUCUGCAGCCUUUCCUUAUACACAUCAUACAAUUUUUAAAAAAACUGUAAGGAGAUACAAGUUUGGUGCCGAAAUCGGUUGGGACAAGCUGUGUAUGUUAAUAUACUUUGGAUGCAGGUCUGGAUUUUACCGCCUAAGAACCUGCGGGAACGUAUCUUAAAACCCCUGCAUUUAAUGGCUUAUCCUGGGGUGCUAUAUGCCCCCCUCCCUUGCAGUACGGGAACAAUCAGUGCUUUUGCACUCUCCCUCUUUCUCUUUCUUUCUUUUUCUUUCUUUCUUCCACCUGUGUUAAUCAGAGUCUCUCCACUUAUCAGAGACAGGGAUGAUUGAUUUUAUUGUGUUAGCAAACUUUGAUACUGUGGUUGGAAAUACAAGAGUGAGAAAUCCAAUAAAUUGACUGAUUUAAAAUGUG